AUUAAGUAUUGAACUUCUGGAAAUUAUGGCCCAGAUGCAUUUAUUUUUAAUCAAAAAUGCUAAAUCAGAGCUUGACUAUAUGGAUCAAAAUCUUCGUCAAGAAGAUCUUUUGUUGACCUUUAAUCAAAUUGCAAAUUCUAUAGAAGAUAAUAUUGAUUUAUUCAAUGAAGAAGACUUAUUUCCUUUGGAAGAACUUAUAGAAAAAGAUAUGGAAGAGGUUUUUAAAAAGGAUGAUUUAGUUAAUAAAAAUUUAACAAAUUUAGAAGUCAGAAAGUUUAUAUCUUUAUCUUCCAAUUUAGAAACUAGUGGAUCUUUAAGUGAAGAUAUUAUAUAUAGAGAUAAGGACUUUG